UGAUAUGUCAUUAAAAUAAUUGUAAUGGAAUCAGAAUUGUCAGAGGAAAGCACUUUACGUCCACAAUUUACAGUAGACGAUUUAGAUAUUGAAAUAUUACCACUUAUAUACGAAAUAAUUCGGAGUGUUGAAAAAGAUCCACAUGAUACUACACAAAAAGCUAAAGAGUCACAAGAUACGAGUCAUAAAAUAUUAGAGCUUCAAAAGAAAUUAGAUUCUGCAAGAGCACAGAUUAGAAGGUUACCAGGAAUUGAAUAUAGUAAAGAAGAACAGUUGCAAAAACUUGAAACUUUACGUAAACAGCUUAGGCUUAAGCGGGAAUUGUUAUUGAAGUAUCGUAACAUGUGUACAUUUGAAAUUCCAAAAAUAUAAAUACCUUCAUUAAUUCUGUUAGGAAAACAAAUUAUAUUAAUAUGGGUUUUCUGCGUAUGCUAUUUGCAUAUUU